CUAUAUAUAAACAAGUCUUUGCAUCGCUUUACCUCUCACAAAAACCAAACCAACCCUUAUUUUUUUCUUCAUCUCUCGUUUCUUUUUUCUCUCUUGCAGCAGUGGCCACAAUAAUCCCCAAUUUCAUUCAUUGUUGUGAAUGGUAGAAACCCUAAGCGAUUCCGAUUUCAUGCGCUUCUCCCUUUUCAAAACAAGGGCGAGCGCUAUUCUCAUUCCAGUUUCCUCUGCAAUCGCUUUUGCUUUCGCUUCCUGCAAACAAGAUGUUGAUUAAGCAGAAGAAGAACCAGAACGCCAAGGAUGCGAGAAAGUUGUUGAUCAACAUCAAUGUUCUUGGAAGUGCUGGACCGAUUCGAUUUGUUGUUAGCGAGGGAGACCUUGUUGCCACAGUUAUUGAUACUGCUCUCAAAUCCUAUGCUCGUGAGGGGAGGCUUCCUAUCUUAGGAAAAGAUGUUACAAGUUUUGCUCUUUACUGUCAACACGUUGGAUCUGAUGCUCUGAGUCCACUAGACACCAUUGGAUCACACGGAGGAGCUAGAAACUUCAUGCUAUGCAAGAAGCCAGAGACAACCAACAGGAUGGCCAAUGCCGAUGGAGCUGUCGCAUUGGCUCGCCGCAGGAAUGGGAGUUUGAAGAAUUGGUUCAACAAAUCUCUAAGUUCAGUUUAUGUUCUCAUUAGCUAGAGAACUUCUUUCUUCUUGGAAGAUUUACUAUUUGGAAGAAUUGGUUUUGUGGUAACUAAUGCAAUGCCACGUUUAAAUUCAGUUUAUGUUCUCAUUAGCUAGAGAACUUUUUCAUAAGUGAUUUCUCUCUGAGUUUAUGUUCUCAUUUGCUAGAGAACUUUUUCAAGAGAUUACUCUUUGUGAACUUUAGUUUCAGCUUUGAUGAAAUAAAAUUUGAAGUUGUGGUUAUUUAGCUAGCUCUUUUGCUUAUUCUUGAAGUUGAUAAGCUAUAUUGAAUGUUGAUCCCUCGUUUCAA